GGACAGUCAGGAAAGCAUCCGAGAGAGACUGCAGAAAGAAAGCGAAGACUUUCUUCACACACCUUUGUUUUGCAUCUCUGCACUUGCUCUUCCGCAAGAAAAACAACCGCAAUGGACGUCGCUACCGCCGCAGACAAGAAGGGACCCCCCAGGUUCAAGCAGAGGGCUGCCCGCGUCUUCAAGAGCAAGGCCCCCAAGCCUGGCCAGAAGGGGUUUGGCGAUGACAUUCCCGGGAUGGAGGGCCUCGGCACUGACUUCACCGUGGUCUGCCCAUGGGAGGCGUUUGGUGACAUGGAGCUCAGUGACCUGGCUAAAUACGGAAUUGUGUAGCUCCUCACCCCAUCGUCCUCGACUCUUCAUGACCUACCUCUCCUCCGGACAAGACUCCCACCGGUCAGCAAGUGUGCAUUUGCUCUCUCAGUGGUCAGCCGCGAACCAUCGGUUUUAAAAACGUGGAUGACAACAAUGGUUUUACACGUUUGGCUCAUAAUUGUAACGGACAUAUCGACCUACAACAUGCACCUUGAAUUUCCUUAAAGGCAUGACCUUUGUUUGAGCGAC